UUGGCCGCCGCGAAGGCAGGCGGAGAGCGAUGCCCCCGGCCCGCGGACUGGCGUCCCCUGAGCCAAGCGCCCGCCCGCUCGCUGGCUGGCUGCGGCGGUGACAUCCUGGUCGCUGGCGUCCACGGAGGAAUCCGGGCUCCCACGGAGCAAAGACGUCCGGCGUUCCGGAGCUCUCCGUGCGGGGAGAGGCCCUCGCUAACGCGGCUCCUCUCUGACCUCUUAAUUUCAGGAGGUUUCGGAGGCUCCGAGUGCCUAUACAGCCCCCGACAGGAACUACUUCUGUUGGCCCAUCGAGGAUCAUCUUUCACCAGGAUUAUCGUAACAUCUUCACUGAGCCUUCCCCCACCCCGUACCCUCUACCAUGAGUCCUGAUAUCUGCCAAUGAAGUUUUUUGAUGCUUUCUUUAAUCAUGUGACACCAGUUCCUGUCCACCUUUUUCCUUUACAGUUGCCAAACACAUGAGGUGGAGGUGUGUGUCAUGUUAAAGUACACAGUUUCCUGCCCGUCCACUUCCACCUGAUUUGCACCGCUCCCUUCUGUUCAGCUUGCCUUAUCCUGCUUGCUUACGAUUUCCAUAACCACUCACUUGCACAACGUGUAGCAGCCCUUGCCUGGGGAGGUAGCAUUCCAUACAGCGCAGUGCCUGACAAGGACAGCAGUCAGGGGGCGAGUUUUCCCGUUGUAUUUUCCUAUCAGGUUUGCAAGCCCUGUCUUCAACUCUGUUCCCUAGCACAUUGCCCCCAAACACUCCCGCCAGAGUCUUAGUUCCUUUAACCUAGAGCUUCGCCCGUAAGGAUGACAAGAAUCAAGUAUGUGAUAUGACUGUUUUAGAGACCUUGCUGGUACAAUAUUGGUUGUUGUCGCCACUGAGAUCGCAGUUCACGGAAAGGUCUUAAACUGAGGGAGGAGGAAGCAAGAUAGAGGAUAGGAUUAAGUGGAGCCAGUCCUUGUUGUUUGAAGUUUGUAAGUUUCAAAACAGCAAAGUGAACAGAGUCAUGUAGGCCUUGUCUGGAUAUUGGCCAGCACACUGUCCAUCUAGGUCCUAGGGAGGCAGGAAAGGGACCUUAAAAUCCCAUUUUCUAGUCUCACUGUGUCCAAAUCUAAGUUGUUAAAUAUCUUGUUCUCGUAAUCGUCUAAAGUAUUAGAUACGAUGUUGGGGAAACGAAAGCGUGUGGUGUUGACCAUUAAGGACAAGCUUGACAUUAUUAAGAAACUCGAGGAAGGCAUCUCUUUCAAAAAACUUUCUCUGGUGUAUGGAAUUGGUGAAUCCACGGUGCGUGAUAUUAAAAAAAACAAAGAACGGAUAAUAAACUAUGCAAACAGUUCAGACCCUACAAGUGGGGCGUCCAAACGUAAAUCUAUGAAGUCAUCAACAUAUGAGGAGCUUGACAGAGUUAUGAUAGAGUGGUUUAACCAACAGAAAACAAAUGGGAUCCCAGUGUCUGGAGCGAUUUGCGCAAAACAAGCCAAGUUCUUUUUUGACGCCCUGGGGAUGGAAGGUGAUUUCAAUGCGUCAUCUGGCUGGCUGACUCGAUUUAAGCAGCGCCAUGGUAUUCCAAAGGCUGCUGGUAAAGGAACAAAACUGAAAGGAGAUGAAACUGCUGCCAGUGAGUUUUGUGGUAACUUUCAGGAAUUCGUUGAGAGAGAGAAUCUACAACCAGAACAAAUUUAUGGUGCUGAUCAAACUGGAUUGUUCUGGAAGUGUCUACCGUCAAGGACAUUCGCUCUUGAAACUGAGCGGAGUGCUUCUGGUUAUAGGUCAAGCAGAGAGAGAAUCAUUAUUAUGUGUUGUGCAAAUGCCACAGGUUUACACAAACUUAAUCUUUGUGUCGUGGGGAAAGCAAAAAAACCCCGUGCGUUCAAAGGCGCUGACCUUUCAAACCUUCCUGUCACUUACUUCAGUCAAAAAAGCGCAUGGAUAGAACAUUCUGUUUUCAGACAGUGGUUUGAAAAGUACUUUGUGCCACAGGUACAGAAGCAUUUGAAAUCCAAGGGGCUUCUAGAAAAAGCAGUGCUCCUUUUGGAUUUUCCCCCAGCACAUCCAAAUGAAGAACUGUUGAGUUCUGAUGAUGGCAGAAUAAUUGUGAAAUAUCUACCACCAAAUGUCACAAGUCUCAUUCAACCUAUGAGCCAAGGAGUUCUAGCCACAGUGAAAAGAUACUACCGAGCAGGACUUCUCCAGAAGUACAUGGAUGAAGGAAUUGACCCCAAAAUGUUCUGGAAGAACUUGACAGUGUUAGAUGCAAUUUAUGAAGUGUCAAGAGCUUGGAACAUGGUAAAAUCAAGUACCAUAACCAAAGCAUGGAAAAAACUUUUCCCUGGCAAUGAAGAGAAUUCAGGCAUGAAUAUUGAUGAAGGAGCCAUUUUAGCAGCUAAUUUAGCAACAGUUUUACAGAAUACAGAAGACUGUGAACAUGUUGACCUUGAGAAUAUUGAUCAGUGGUUUGACUCUGGGAGUAAUGACGCAUGCUGUCGGGUGCUAAGUGACAGUGAAGGUGCCGAGGACCAGGCCAAGCCUGCUGAGCACAGGCCUUCCAGUAAGACUAGAAAAGCAGAACUGAACCCAGAGAAGCAUAUUAGCCACAAAGCUGCACUUGAAUGGACCGAAAAUUUACUGGAUUAUCUAGAACAACAAGACGACAUGCUUCUGUCUGAUAAACUGGUGUUGCGGAGGCUUCGAACAAUAAUAAGAAGAAAACAGAAGAUCCAGAUUAACAAAAGUCAUUAAUAAUCCUCUCAAGGGUUUCAGUGUGUUUGCAUCUUUGUGACUUUAUCUGCAGUGGAACUUAAUUAUCUUUUGUUUGAAGUGCUGUGGAUUUCAAGGCCAAAUACAUUUUAUUAAUGAAUUUAGGAUUAGAUGCUGUUUUGGAUUACUUCAAUUACUGUGCUUGAAUGUCGAUUCUAGGGAGUGAGCAUUGACAUGUAUCUUGUCUGUGUCUAAUCUGUAUUAUACUAAUUUAGAUCAUAAGGUACCUGAGGCCAGGGAUCCUGUGUCUGUUUUGUGCCUGAAUUUCAUUGUCUAAUAGAGUACCGUGCCACACUCUAGGCAAUAAUAAAUCUUUCUUAAAUUGAAUUUUUAUGACUUUCUCUGAACUUCAGUUUCCAAACUGAAAUACGUGGAGGGUAAGUUUCCCUUUCUGCCGUUUUUCCACCUGCCGAAAAUUUUAGAACUCGGCAAAGAUUAUACUUGAAGUACAUGUAUUUCACUGUGAAAGCAGAGAACUGAAGGAAAAUAGUCUGAAGCCUGAAAUACGGCAUUCUGUACCAAUAGUAUUUGGACAAUCAGCAGUUCAGAUUGGCUGUCUCUGUAUAAUGAAGUAAGAAGAAAUGAGAUUAAAACGUCCCCCGGCAAAGGACUUGGACUUCACUUUUCUUUCAUCUGGCAGUAGGGAGAGUUCCUUCCGAGUUGUGGAAAGAAUGCCAUCAUUGUUCCAGAAAAAUAGAUUUCAUUUUCCAAAUCAUUGCUAUUAGAAGAGAAUAAGGAUUAAACUGUGUUCUCUGUCAUUUUGAUCCUUUAUUAGUAGAGAUAUGUAAGUCUUUUUUUCUCUUUAAUAAGCUCUUUGAUGUAACACUUCAAAGCUUUAAAGUACGUCAUUUGCUUUCAUAAUAGCGUAUUUUUCUGUGAGAACUAAUACUGAGAAUUUACGCAUACACUGCAUUUGUGGAGCCGUCAUGCACUGACAUUAAACUGGACAUGAGAAAGGCUCUAUAGAACAGCAUAGGCUGCUGUGUGACCAUGGGCAGGUUACUUAACCCCUCUGUAAAAUAGGAAUAACACGUGCCUCUGAGAGUAUCUUGAGGAGUACAUGAGUUAGUAUAUGGAUUUUAAGUAACACAGGCUUAGAAGAGGACCUGGCUCAGAAGAAGUCCUCGAAGUGUCCGCUGCUGUUACCGGGUUGCGGCCGCGAUGUUUCAGGAGUGUGCUCGACGGACCCGGCGUGUGAAUGGACCCUGAUGCUGCCGCACCGGGAAGACCCUUUAGAGGGAGGCGAGAUGAAAGAGACGCAAGUGACUAGGGUCAGCUGGAGUAUAAUAAUAACUUACUUCAAAGAACACUGGAAGGUUAGUCCACUUCAGAAAUCAUUUCCCGACCGUCUACCGCUAGGCGCAGUGAGACAUGCCGGCACGUCUAAGACAUCUUAGUUUGAACUGUAAAAGGAAAUGGGAAUGGAAUUGUAGUUUCUUUGCUCCAGGCCUGCUAAUAAAAUACAUAGAUGUUGGCUUUGUUCAUAGAAUCUGUUACUGAUAUUGGCCUAGUUUACUGAAGUAAUAAAAUACCUUUAAAGCAGAUAAGAUAGCAGUUAGGAGGACACUUGAAAUAUCAAACUAGAGUAACACGGGAUCAGUAGAAAAUUAGAGCAAAAGAAAUAUCACAGGAGACUGGUUACAGUAAUUAGGUCCAGCCAUAGACUGGGAGCUUCGUUGUGAUUGACUUGAGAUUUCAGAAGCUCUGACAGUCCUUCAUGAGGACCGUUAGAGCUCAGAAUUCUGCCUUUUGACAAAGCAGAGGCUCUGAGUUCGAGAAAGGCCUUUUCGGAAAACCUCUAAGAAUAUUUUCUUUGGGAGGAUUCACACCUUACUAUUAACACACCUCUCUCAGUUUACACAAUUUCACUUACUAGAAAGGCCUGAGGAAAUGAAACUCUGUGCGGAUAAGUCCUGAAACUAUCUGGCUUCUUGGAGGCAAAGGGAUUCUGAAGCCUGGAAAUGGUAAUGACAUAUUUGAAUACUGCUUUGCGUUUUUCACAGAGCUUUUUGCUAACAAAAACUUCUCAAACUUCUUUCAGUCAUGACAUUGAAAUGGUUUAAUCCUGUUUUAUCAUAAAGACCGACAUAAACUGUGCAUUCUAAUUCCAUAAUUAAUUGUAAUACAAAAAUCUUUUUC